AAUUAAGUAGUCACUUCCUUAAUUUCCCCCGCUAUUAGUCAUAAUUUUAUUUGGGGGCAUCAAAUUAGCAGCUUUCAUCUUAUCAUUCAUCAUGUCAGCAGUCAGUAACAAACUACGACGGGGGAAAUCCGCCAAGUUUGUACAGAGCACAUCCUUCACUGCAGUCUUCAAGUCUACAACAGCGACCAGCACAAUCAGCAGGGGUGUAGAGCUACGAUGCUACAAGUUCAGCCCGCGGGUGGAGCACCCCAAGGUACAGGACAGCAUCGAGCUGUACGAAUACGAGGCCAAUGCCUGGAGGGAGGCGUUCAACACGAUGGGGCGCUUGCAGGGGCUCAACUUAAAGGAGGCCACGCCCUUCACGACACUCAACAAGGCGCCAUACCAUUGCUCGUCUUUGUCGAGGGAGUUUAAUGUCGCCUACGGGAAGAUGAGUCAAGUGGAGGGUGCCUCAGUCAAAGGAUCCUUCAAGCCGAAAAAAGAAAUCAAAGUCUCUUUCUGUAACUGUAUACUCUCGUCAAACUUGAUGAGGUUGUCGGAACGUUUGCCGCCAGGAACCAUCUCGCCCCAUAUCUUGUAUGGUUGUGCCAGAAAAAGUGAGCACUACCUGCCGCUGUCCGCAGUUCAGGUCAAGUUUGACAACAAAUCUUACGACGUGGAGACCAUCUGUGAAUGGCUUCAAAGAUUCGGUCCCUUUGUUUUCACCAUAAGAAAGGGAGAUCACACAUUGAUCGUUGUCUUUGAGUCCAUGAAAUCGGCGUACACGGCUGUGGUGACACCUUUACCUUUCUCACGAAUCGUCAUCACCUGGAUCAACCCCAAGUUUUUCAACUUCGGUCACUACAUUGCUUACAAGGACUACACCGUUGAGGGUGACGCGACAUGGCAAAAACUGCUGGCUCAGCUCAUCAUCCGCGAGAGGGGCAUUAUGAAGAUGAACAAGCCCAACUCUUCUGCCGGAAAGAACUUAAAAUUCGAAACUUAAUGAAGAUGAACUACUUUAAGCAAUUGUGCGAAGCAUGAUAAAGAUUCAACAAUGCUGCUCUGCUAGAGAGAGAAAAAAACAUAACCGGCAGUUAAACCAAAGAAAUAGAAGUACACUUUGUCACAAAUAUUUAAUGAAAUAAAACAUCAAGUAGCAGAUUCAUA